CCUGCCUGCGUGCGUGGGGAUCGAUGAUGGAAAAACAAAAAACAACUGCACCGGGAGAUCAGUUUGCACUAGUGCACUCCAGAGUUAUGACCUUUUUCUGCCCAUGAGAAGCCUCUUCUCCACCUCUAGCCCACAGGCCAAAUCUCUCCGUCUCUGACUUCCUGCUCCGUUCUUGGUCUUCUUCCUUUGGGGAGGAGGAGUAAGCAUGGGCAACGAGUUCGACUACCUGUUCAAGCUCCUCCUGAUCGGCGACUCCUCCGUCGGCAAGUCCUGCUUCCUCCUCCGUUUCUCCGACGAUUCGUAUGUGGACAGCUACAUUAGCACCAUCGGCGUUGACUUUAAAAUCCGCACUCUCGAGAUGGAUGGGAAGACCAUCAAACUGCAGAUUUGGGACACAGCAGGACAGGAGCGGUUCAGAACCAUCACAAGCAGCUACUACCGAGGGGCUCACGGCAUCAUCAUUGUCUAUGACAUCACGGACAUGGAGAGCUUCAACAAUGUCAAGCAAUGGCUGAGCGAGAUCGACAAGUACGCCAACGACAGUGUGCGCAAGCUUCUUGUUGGUAACAAGUGUGAUCUGGCUGAGAGCAGGGUCGUCGAUACUGCCGUAGCACAGGCCUAUGCUGAUGAGAUGGGUAUUCCUUUCCUAGAGACAAGUGCUAAAGAAUCCAUCAAUGUUGAAGAGGCCUUUUUGGCAAUGUCUGCAGCAAUCAAGAAGAGCAAAGCUGGAGGCCUGGAGAGGAAGGCCUCUAAUCUGGUGCAGAUGAAAGGCCAGCCAAUUCAGCAGCAGCAGCACAAGCAGAAGAGCAGCUGCUGUUCAACAUGACCCGAGAUCGGACUUGUGGGAGGGUAAGGCAUCCCAGCAGCACAGCUAGCUUCCAGGAAUCAGGAUGAAAAUGGCAUCUGCCAAAUGUGAACUUAUUACUUCUUUCCCUUUUGGAACACAUUUUUAGCUAGCUGCAAACUGUAUCAGUAAGCGAGUUCGCAUGUUCGUAUCGAUCUUUCACUGGAGCAACAUAUGUCGAAAUCAUGUCAGGAAACUCUGCGAUUUCGGUGGUUCUCUAAUCAGCACGACAACCAGAGUUAUACCAUAUCAACCAUAUUGCAAUCUGCUAACUGGACAAUUUACGUAUGCAAAA